UUUCUUAUUUUUAAUUCCAAGUAUUAAAGAGUUGGACCAAAAAUGUCUAAUAAUAAAUGAAAUAAAUUAAAACAUUGGGCAUCCUGGAAUCGAACCCCUGUCAAUGCCUCGGGUGGCUACUAUGACAGGUACGCCUAGAGUUCAAAAUUCGUUGAGCUGUUAGCAUCUUUACUCUUUUAAUAGGAAAGUAGCUGGCUAAAAAAAUGUGGGACACGUCAAAGCACUGAAGCAGAGAGGAGGGAAGGGUUGAGUGAUAAUGAGGAUAGUAGGGCUAACGGGAGGGAUCGCAUCAGGGAAGAGCACAGUCUCUUCCAUGUUCAAGUACAACCACAUUCCCGUCGUCGAUGCGGAUGUCAUCGCUCGUGAUGUGUUGAAGAAGGGCACCGGCGGGUAUAAAAAGGUGGUGGCCGCAUUUGGGCCGGACAUUUUACAAGAUGAUGGACAAGUCGAUCGUUUGAAAUUGGGUCGAAUCGUCUUCCCUGAUGCCUCCAAACGUCAACUCCUUAAUCGGUUAUUGGCUCCCUAUAUAACUUCUGGCAUCUUUUUAGAAAUUCUGAAGCUUUGGAUAGAAGGUCAUAAGAUAAUUGUUCUUGACAUUCCAUUAUUGUUCGAGGCCAAGAUGGAUAAGUGGACAAAACCCAUUGUUGUUGUAUGGGUUGAUCCUGAAACACAACUUCAACGACUUAUUGAAAGAGAUAAUUCAACAGAGGAGGAUGCCAGAAAUAGGAUAAAUGCUCAGAUGUCUCUAGAUUUGAAGAGGAGCCAAGCAGACAUGGUAUUAGAUAACACUGGUUCUCUUCAGGACUUGGAGGAAAGGUUCAGGGAGGUACUGUCGCAAGUCAAAAGGCCCUUGACAUGGACUGAAUUCUGGCUUUCAAGGGAUGGAGCCUUGUCAGCUCUUCUUGGUGUUAUAAUAGUUGUUCUUGGUGGCAAGAAAAUUUUUACUGAUUGAUAGGUUCUACAAUCACCAGCAACUUGUGGUUUUAAAUUGGUUAUAACCCUUGUCCAUUCUUGAUGGCAGGAAGUGAUGUUGUAGUUUCAUAUGAUAGCAAAUAAGAUGAAUGACACUUAUUCCUUUCCAAUUUAAUACAUCAGAAUUCACUACUCCACCUUUGUCUUGGCAAUGUAGAAUGCAGUUGGUUUACUUUUGAUUGCUUGCCCUUAAAUAUUGAAGUGGCUUUUUGUGUAAAAGAAUGAUUUUUAUACCAAGAAAGUGAGAUUUACCAUUUAACUUUCUGUUUAAAUUGCUUUGUAUGAAUAAUCAUUUAAUACUUUUAGAUGCUGUAUCUGACAAUAUUGUUACUGAGACAAGGACUUCUGAUGUAAGUUUGAACUUGGUUCUGAGGAUUUUCAUACUCUAGAAAGGAUUGGUAAGGAAUUUGUUGGUAGAUUUUUUUUCUUUUUUUCCUUUUAAUGUUUUAGGACCAUGAAAGUAGAUACUUGUUCGUUGCUAAUGCAGCCUUACCGGAUUCACACCAGGCUGCAGAGAUUUCAUAGAUUGUAGUGGAAAAGUAUUUUAGGUAGCCUGGUCCCAUAAUUCUCCAGGGGAACUGAUAACUUAGUUGCUGUUAACCCAAGCACAUUGCAUCCCUGGCUGCUGAUAGCUUUCUAAGAUUGAUUCUGUAAGUUACUUUUUCCACCAUGAUAAAUGCUUGUGAUUCAUCUGCUAUUACUUAAAGAACAUACUCAAGUUUUACGACUAUAUUAUUUUAAUUCAUUUUUUAAUUGCCUAGUUUUAUAAUUUGAUCUUCCUCUACUUUGCAUUAAUCUUUCCUGAUGGUCCAUAAUUGAGUUAUACUUCCCAAUUUCACAAUUUACUGCCUUGACUUAUCCUCUGCUGCUUCAUUUGGUCAAGUUGACGACUAAUAUUUUUAGCAAUGUAACUUUUUCCGGCUUUGCUUUGCUAUUGAUGAGUGGUCCACUCCUGAGAUAAGUAGCCCUCAGUGAGGUUGUGUACCGCAUUAAGGUUAUUGUUGCUGUUAGAUUUUAUUGAUUUCUUCUUUUGAGAUUUGAUAACUGAGACUUUUUAAUGAUAUUAAACAUUUUCCUUUUGCAACAGUAUUGUACAAAGGACAUAAAAUCAAGACCUAUUGUGAGUUUCAAGUGUUGUCACGAGUCACACUACCCAUAAAAGCCUGGCAGAGCCAUUGGCUUAAACUAAGUGGGGGAUAAGUUUUUAUUAGAGUAUUGCGUACUGUUUCAGAAAGUCCAUGAAAGUUUCUUGUCCUCAUUUUUGGGAAAAAUAUAUGCCAAGUGCCAAUUGCUUAUUGAUAGUUGUUUUCGUUUUAUUUCCAUUUAGAGAUGCAACUUCAAGUUGCCAAUUCGGUUGAAAACUUGCUUGGUACUUUCUUGUGAAAUAAAAGAAUCUGGCCGAUUGUUGAACAAUAUAAAUACUUUUAGGGAGGAAAGAUGGCAAAUUAUAAUGUUCUCUGCCUACCAGCCGCUAACGACCAAUCGAUAACACUUAUAUAUGUGGGGUUUUUACUACCCUUUCUAGAUCAUGAAACAUAAAAAUUUGCUGAUAUAUGAGACUAAACAGAGUUAUCAGGGGAUUAUUUUGAAUUAUUGAUGGCUAAUCAGACUAAUUGGGUGAUUGGGGAAUGUUUUUAAACGUCAAUUUAUUCCGUGUUGAAGAGUCUUACUUAUUACUGAGUAUACCAACUCAAUACAAAUCCUGUCAUAGCCAGUGGUUUCAUUAUGGUAGUUGGAGAUGGUGAACUGCCAUGAAUGAGAUGAUUCAGAAUAAAAAUUAGAAAUGCGAUGGUGGUUGUUCUAAUUGAAUUGAUGGUAAAUCAGACUUGUUAGUUCGAAGACAGUACAGAGGCAUGCACCAAAUUAAUCAGGGUGUUUCUUCAAUUGAAUUUGCUUUGAGAAAAGUCGCAAUUAAAGUUGGACGUUUAGCUUGGGAAGGGGUAAAACGAGAUUAGGAUUAUGUCUUGUCCGCGCCUUGUUCAAAGAAAGGAACUCAAUAAUUUCAUUCGAUGAUAAUAUACUACUAUAAAACUUUUGUUUCUUUCGAAUUCUAGAAUCCCAAUCGAAAGUGCAGCAAAAAGGUAAUUCCACCAAGGAUUUUGCCCGAGAAUUCUAAAGGAGUUUUCUAAAUCUAAAACAUCCAAAAAAGAAAAAAAGGCCUGCUGGAAUGCAACAUUGCAUGUGAUUUUGUGAUACCCGUCAAAGGGACAGGCAGUGAGCAAAGGCAAAUACUAUCCUUUAGGCUUAUACGAACAAAUGCUAUCAUUUGGCGCCGUAAGCUGAAUGGCUUUGUUGCUGGCUCGCCGCUUGGGCGUUCAGCAGUUGGAUUUGCUGCAAAAGUUUGUUGUGGGUGGGGGGCAUGUAAGGUAAG